UUACCAGCUUUCGAUGUCUUUUCGAAUUGCCUGGAAUAACGCAAGUCAUCCCCAACCAACACACCCAGAUCACGUUCGACGGAAGAUUGCUGCAAUACAUACGUGCUUAACCUUUAUGAGUAGUUUCUUUGGUGUCGUAUGGAGGGUACCUUGU